AUGGUUGAUAACGAGGUUAAUUCAAAUGUUUCGAAACCUAGACCAGAACUAGUUUAUGGAUUGGCCCAUGAGUACUUGGAGCAGGCUUAUAAGCUUUCUGGAAAGGUUUCUGAUGAGGUCCAGUUGCAGCAGUACUAUACUUUAAUCUCCAUGGGGAUAAAAUGUUUACAGAGGUUGAAAUUAGAGUACUCACUAACAGUGGAACAGGACGCCAAGAUUACUUUGGAACUUGUUCAUGUGCUGUUGAAUGAGACUAACAACUUGUCUUUGGCAGAAGAUUAUUUGUCCUCAUUGAGAGAGAGGUUGAAAAAUCAUAAAUUGGGGGUUCUUAAUGAGAAGCUACAUUGUGAAUUUAUUGCAUUGUAUGAGAUCCCAAUGAAAUAUUCAUCUGAAUAUUAUUAUAAAAUGUCAACCAGGAGUUGUGAUUCGUUGUUAGAGUAUUUGAAAACUUUGGAGUCCACACAAGAAGUGCAGGAGUUUUGGGUGCCAUUGUUCUCUUUUAUUAAUAUCUGGUUGAAUAUUAAAAUUGGAAAGAAAAAUCUAAUACGUAGCAAGUUCAACAAUCUGUUAGAAAAGUCAUCAAAGUUAAAUCAUGAAUGGGAAGCUUUUAUUAUAUUGGCAUAUGUCAGCUUCCUGUUGGAUGAACGCUACACAGUGCCUCCUGACGUGAUAGAAAAGUUGAAUGAAAUUAAUACUAAUAGAUUUAGUCCGACUCUGGUUGCCUGGAGAAUGGUUCUAGAGUUGAUGAUGCAGAUAUAUAAAGAAGAAAAUAUAACAAAUAAGCUAAAUGAAUUCAAGGAAUUUUUCAAUCAGCAAAAAUCAAACCUAGAAAAUCGUGACAAUUAUUGCAUAAAAUUUGAUGAUUCAAACAGAAUUAAUAUUACUUUACCACUUAUUUUCAAUUAUAAAGAUUUGAAAAAUAUACUUCUUCUGCUACAAAGUAUCAGCUAUCUUGUGAACUGUUACGAUAAGAAUGCUAAUUUUUCUACUAAAUUUUUACCAAAAGUUCAGUCAACUACAAAAAAACUUAUAGAUUCAUUGAAUGAUAAAUCAACAUCCGAAAAUUCUCUUUCCUAUUGGGAUGCUAAAAUCAACUGGUACAAAUCGAUUAUAAGUUAUUGUAAUUUUUAUCAAUUAUGGGAACAAUUAAUAUUAACCCCACAAAAAUUGAUAAAUAAUGAUUUCAGUGAAAUAUCAAACACCUCUCAAAAUUCUUUUGACAGUUACCAUACGCUUAUGGAAGGGAUUACAUCACAAAUAAAAGGCGAUGGUACUCUGUCAUUAGAUCAAUACUCUACAGUCGUCCGGUCUAAAAAUGCAACUGUAGAAAUUAGAAUGAUAUCAUUGCUAAAUUCAUUUAUUAUCAAAUCUUCAGAAGGUAUUAAAAAUGAACAAUCUCAUCAAAGUGUGUCUGAUAGUCACAAUAUAUGGCAACAAGUAGAAAAACUUUUAGAAGAAUCUGAUUUAAAGGAGAAUUCAAUAUGGGAAUGCACUCUUACUAUUCUUUGGGUCACAACACAUUUUAAGCCUUUUACUGAUCAACCAUUGCCAUGUACAGAUGAAGAAAGAAGUCAUUAUCUUGAAAAACUAAGGGUCUACUACAAUUCAAAUAAAAUCCAGGGUCUAAAUGACGUUGAGAUAUCGGUUUUGAAAGAGGAAGGUAAGUAUUUGAAACUGAAAAAGGGUUUAUUGCUUAGAAUAUUAUUGAACUAUUUGGGAUGUAGUCUUUUUGAGCAUGAUUUGGAAUCGAUUUGCAAGAUCUCGGAGGUUUGCUUUAAUCUUUCUAAACUACAGGAUAUGCCAGUAAUUAGGUAUAUUAUCGGUUUAUGGCAUUUGAUCAGUUGUACUUCUGCAAUGAAAAGUAAAGAAGUGACAAUAACUAGAGCAAAGCUAGAACAGACAGUUCAAGACAUAAUUGCAUUAAAUCAAGGUCCAUAA